AUGGGACGCCCAGGCCCCCACAACCUGACCUGCGUGUCCUACAAGCACCCGAGCGUGCGGGGCGCGCUGGGGGACGCGGGGGGGGCGGCGGCCGGCGCCGUUCGCUGCCCCCCCGGGCAGUGCUGCGUCGGCAUCUGGAACCGCAGCCACGCUCUGGUGCAGGGCUGCUGGGGAGGCCGGGGCGACGCCUGUCCCUCGGCCACCUGCGCCCCCAGCCCCGCGGGACACCCGGGCAGCUCCGUGCUGCUGUGCCUGUGCCACGGCCACCUCUGCAACGGCAACGCCACCGGGACAGCGGCGGCGACAGGCACGGCCGGGGGGCUGGGGGGGCCCCGCCAGGGCCCAGUGGCCGGCCGGGGGGGGUCCGCGGGGACCCUGUGGCUGCUGGGUGCCAGCCCCCUCCUCCUCAUCCUCCUCAUCUGCCUGGGCAUCCUCGGACUGCGCUGGACAAGGGCCCGCACAGGGCAGCCGCCGCGGGGGGGGCGGAGAAUCGGGGUCCCCCCGGAGCCCCCCAGCCCGGACCUGCCUGCGCUGCACUUCCUGCAGGUGCUGCAGUCGGGGCGCUUCUCGGCCGUGUGGCGGGGCACGCUGCGCCAGCGGCCCGUGGCCAUCAAGGCGUUCGCGGCCGGGGCCGGCCGGAGGUUCGCGGCCGAGCGCGCCGUGCACGCCCUGCCGCUGAUGGAGCACGAGAACGUGGCCAGGCUGCUGGACACCAGGGCGGCCGGACCCCGCGCCCGAGGGGGGCUCCUGGUCCUGCAGCUCUACCCGGCCGGCUCCCUGCGCCACUUCCUGGGGCAGCACGUGGGGACGUGGGCGGGCAGCGUGCGCCUGGCGCUGUCCCUGGCCCGCGGCCUGGCCUUCCUGCACCAGGAGCUGUGGCGUGACGGGCUCUACAAGCCCAGCGUGGUGCACCGGGACCUGAGCAGCCAGAACGUGCUGGUGCGGGAGGACGGCACCUGCGCCAUCGGCGACUUCGGGCUGGCGCUGGCGCUGCCGCCGCGCGCCCAGGACGGCACGGGCAGCCGGCACGCCGUGACCAUCCGCAAGGCGGGCACCCAGCGGUACCUGGCACCCGAGAUCCUGGACGAGAGCCUGGACCUGCGGGCCUGGGGCCGGGCGCUGCGCCAGGCCGACGUCUACGCGCUGGCGCUGCUGCUCUGGGAGAUCCUGUCCCGCUGCCAGGCCCUGAGCCCCGGAGCCCCGGUGCCGCCGUUCCGGCUGGCGUACGAGGCCGAGCUGGGCUCCAGCCCCACCGGGGCUCAGCUCCGGCGUUUGGCCGCGGACGAGAGGCGGCGGCCGCUGAUCCCCCCGGCCUGGCACCGCGCCCCCCAGCCCGGGGGGGCCCUGCCGGAGCUGCUGGAGGAUUGCUGGGACCCGGACCCCGAGGCGCGGCUCUCGGCCGAGCGGGCGCUGCAGCGGCUCCAGCGCUUGGCCGCGGGACCCGCACCGGCCCCGGGGGACCCCGGCCCGGGGGCCGCCGCCCGCCAGGUCCUGGAGUCUCCCACCAUGUGGAACCCUGGUGCAGGUACAGGGGGACACCCCAAACUGGGGGGGCUGCCUUGACCCCCCCCGGGGCCAGACCCCCCCCCUCAAUUUCUUUUCUUCCCCCCCCAGGACAGGCGCCCCCCCCCCAAC